AGAGCCGCCGCUCAGCCAGUCAGUCCGCCUUCGACCUCCGCCUAACGCGAAGCUAGUCGCUGCUUACUUAGUGCAAAGACCGAAAUUCCUGCUGCAAUGGCGAUGGCCGGCGAAGCCCUGCAGAUGCACCAGCAGUUCCAUAACGGCGGAGUUGACAGGUUUCACGGCACCGUCCGCACCGCCGAGCAGGAGCAGAGCAAGCAGUGCUUCCUCAACAACAACAACAACUCGGUCGACUACGUCUUCCGAGUGAACAGCCUGAGGAACAACAACCUCAACUUCGACCGCCAGCAGACAAUCCGCAUCAGGGUCAGCUCCAUCGACGAGCCAGACGACCUGGAGCAACCCGACGCCACCCUGGCUGCUAACACUAACGGUGAAGAGAGACUGAGCAAGGAGGAGCAGCUGAGCCGCGGCGUGCAGAAUCUGCAGCUGGAACCUUCCUCGCAGCAGCAGUUGCCGCGAGUGGUCCUGUGCAGCUCAGCGCCGUGCGAGCCAUCGGCUUGCGUUUCGCGGUCGCGGAGCCCAAGUCCGCUGUUGGAGGUGCCCGUCGAGAGGGUGGACAUCUCGCGCGAGAUCCGCCGGCCACCCCUGUAGGCCAUGAGCAAGCGGAGGAAGUCGCUGCAGCCGCAGCCGAGCAGCCGGCGCACCUCGCUCGUUACCACGGCCGCCGUCAUGUCCGAACUCGAGGAGGCGACCGCCGCCAACCGUAAGCAGCUGCGCGACGCGCUCUACGCCGGCAUUUUCC